AUGAUGUCACGGGUGAUGUCAUCGAUGACGUCACUGCUGCUUGGAGCGCGGCCAGAGGCGCCCGGCCAGGGAGCCCAGGAGGCCCCGGGCGGCUUCUUGCCCUGGGCCAGCUCGGCCAGGUUCCACAUCAACCUGCGCGGGCCCGGGGGGGACGUGGUGCUGCACCUGAACCCGAGGAUGGACGAGGGCGACGGUGUCCGAAACUCCUUCCUGGGGGGCUGCUGGGGCCACGAGGAGAGGGACGUGUCCUGCUGCAGCCCCUUCCUGCGCGGCCGCUACUUCGACCUGUCGAUCCGCUGCGGGAACCAUCGCUUCAAGGUUUGCCGAGGGCAGCCGCUCUUCCAUUACCACCACCGGGUGCCAGCCGGGCCCCACGUGGACGUGCUGGAGAUCGAGGGCGAUGUGGUGCUAUCCUAUGUCCAUUUCUGAGCCACAAGUGUCCUGUCACUGCCCCAGAACUGCCCUGGAACAGCCCCAGAACUGCCCCCCUCAAAUGCCCCCCUCUAGGUGUCCUCUCCCAACACUGACCUCAAUAAAGCUGUUCCUGCUCCA